GCGGCGCCUCUCCCGCAGGGCAGAGCCGCCUGGGCGGCGCGCGGUGCGGGGCGGGAGAGGGCAGGCGGGGGGCGCCGCGCUCGGGGGCCCGGGGGGUGACUGACGGCGGCGGCGGCGGGUGGUGGCGGCUCCAGGCGAGCGCGGUCGCCGCGUGCGCACACGCACACGCCGCCGCGCAAGGACCAGCGGACACCGGCCUCCGGCGGACACACGGACGCGGAGAGGCGGGCUCGGUGCGCGCAUCCUCGGCGCACUCGCUCCCCAUCCUCGGGCGGCGCGGGGCGCGGACUCUCCCCUGUGCGCCCUCCACUCGGAGUGUGCCCCGGGCCGCCCCGCAGCACGCAGGCCCCGCGGCGAGGCCCGGCUGUGAGCAGGGUCUGCUUGAUGGAUGCUGGGUUGCUUCCUUUUCUGCUGUGGAUGCUAUUUUAAGUGAUGCUGCAGUGACUGCCAUUGCACGUGCUUUUUUUCGGCCAAGUGCAAGUAUUUCUCGCCCAUAGACACCGCGGGGCUGGCGAGCGGCUGCUCUGAGUGGGAGGCGAGCAUAGCUGGCCUGAGUCUCCGUCCGGACUGAGAAGCAUCAUGGCCAGAAUCUUGCAGACCUCCCUGGCUGCUUUCCUCCUGCUGCCUAUGGCCACCUCCAUGCACUCUGACUGCAUCUUCAAGAAGGAGCAAGCCAUGUGCCUGGAGAAGAUCCAGAGGGCGAACGACCUGAUGGGUUUGAACGACUCCUCCCCAGGCUGCCCUGGGAUGUGGGACAACCUCACGUGUUGGAAGCCUGCCCACGUGGGUGAGAUUGUCCUGGUCAGCUGCCCUGAAUUCUUCCGAAUCUUCAACCCAGACCAAGUGUGGAAGCUAGAAACCUUUGGAGAGUUCGAUUUCCCUGACAGUAACUCCUUGGAUCUCUCAGACAUGAGGGUGGUGAGCCGGAACUGCACAGAGGAUGGAUGGUCAGAGCCCUUCCCUCAUUACGUAGAUGCGUGUGGGUUUGAUGACUAUGAUGAGUACGAGCCCGGGGACCAGGAUUAUUACUACUUGUCGGUCAAGGCCCUGUACACAGUUGGUUACAGCACAUCCCUCGUCACCCUCACCACUGCCAUGGUCAUCCUUUGUCGUUUCCGGAAGCUGCACUGCACCCGCAAUUUCAUCCACAUGAACCUGUUCGUGUCGUUCAUGCUGAGGGCCAUCUCUGUCUUCAUCAAAGACUGGAUCCUCUACGCAGAGCAGGACAGCAACCACUGCUUCAUCUCCACCGUGGAAUGCAAGGCUAUAAUGGUUUUCUUCCACUACUGUGUCGUGUCGAACUACUUUUGGCUGUUCAUCGAGGGUCUGUACCUCUUCACCCUGCUAGUGGAGACCUUCUUUCCUGAGAGGAGAUACUUCUACUGGUACACCAUCAUAGGCUGGGGGACACCAACUGUGUGUGUGUCUGUGUGGGCUAUGCUGAGGCUCUACUUCGAUGACACAGGCUGCUGGGAUAUGAAUGACAACACAGCUCUGUGGUGGGUGAUCAAAGGCCCUGUGGUUGGCUCCAUAAUGGUUAACUUUGUUCUCUUCAUUGGCAUCAUCGUUAUCCUUGUGCAGAAACUUCAGUCUCCGGACAUGGGAGGCAAUGAGUCCAGCAUCUACUUAACAAAUUUAAGCCUGAGAGUCCCCAAGAAAGCCCGAGAGGACCCCCUGCCUGUGCCCUCAAACCAGCAUUCACUCCCUUUCCUCUGCGUGCAGAAAUGCUACUGCAAGCCACAGCGGGCUCAGCAGCACUCCUGCAAGAUGUCAGAACUGUCCACCAUAACUCUACGGCUAGCCCGGUCCACCCUGCUGCUCAUCCCACUGUUUGGAAUCCACUACACGGUAUUCGCCUUCUCCCCGGAGAAUGUCAGCAAGAGGGAGAGACUUGUGUUUGAGCUGGGGCUGGGCUCCUUCCAGGGCUUUGUGGUAGCUGUUCUCUACUGUUUUCUGAAUGGGGAGGUGCAGGCGGAGAUCAAGCGUAAGUGGCGGAGCUGGAAGGUGAACCGCUACUUCACCGUGGACUUCAAGCACCGGCACCCGUCCCUGGCCAGCAGCGGGGUGAACGGGGGCACCCAACUCUCCAUCCUGAGCAAGAGCAGCUCCCAGAUCCGCAUGUCCGGACUCCCGGCUGACAACCUGGCCACCUGAGCCCGUCCUCCCCUCCUUCUCUCCUCCGUACACAGGCUGGGGCUGCAGGCGGGCGCUGGCCCACGCAUGUUCAGCUUCUUUUCUCACUUCGGGCAGGCCCUGGGCUGGAGGCCGGGCUCCCCGAGGUGGGAGAAGGAUGCAGGGCGAACCUGGGUAUUGUUCCUCCCCAUCUGGCACUGUCCCCCCAACCCCAUGGGCCCCUGGGCCCUGAUCCCAACCUGUAAAUACUCCACCAAUUUUGAAAAGUCAUCAUCCCCACCUCUUGACCCCCUGUCCCUGCUCACCUCAGGCAAGUCCCCAGCUUCACCCUAUCCUAUUUCCACCAGCCUUAGUGAUCUCCUUGCCCUUGUGAAUGAGGCCUUGUGAGCUGAGGCUGACGACCUUGCUUUGGGGGGAGGAGUUGGGGGGGGCCUGCCCGAGAGCCCCCACAGUGUCUGACUUUCAGUGUGGACUCCUUGAGUCUGCUCACCACCUGAGGCUCUUCUCAGGCCGGGCCCAGUCCCUGAGGCCUGCCAGAGAUCUGGCUUGGGUGCUCUGAGCAUCCUUUAGUGGAGGUGAGAACUGAGCCGAGACUCCCCCAUCCUCCGCCCCCAGCAUCUUGGUGUCCAGGUGCCCAGCUUCUGGGUGUCAGGGCAGUGGACAGCUCCAGGACUCUUCCAAUCAGAGACUCCAUUUUGGGUGUGGGGCUCAGGGUUCCGGCAUGUUCUGGUGCUCUUCAUUUGGUAGAAGAAAAAUUGCCAAGAUUGAGCAAUGUGGAUGUGAUCAGAAAGAAGAUGGAAAGAGUUUGGGGGCCCGUGGAAGAAGACCUUCACUGGCUCCAUUACUUCGCUCCCAACUUGAGGUGGGCGGCGGGGGGGGGGGUUUCCUCGAGUAGCCUCCCUUCUACGCUUCUCAUCCCUAGGCAUCAGCUGCGGGAGGUGAAAGACUCAUGCCUCAGAGAGACUGCUCCCCACCCCUACCUACCACAAGGAGCCCCUAAGCCCUCCCCCUCCUCAUUUCUCCUCAAGUCAAAGCCAUGAAUAGGAUGAACCAGCCGCCUUCCUGUGAUGUCAAUGAAUCCCAAAUCACCUUACCUCCUUGUGCCCGAGUCAGGGCCCUCAUAACUCCCCUUCCCCCAACCCUCAUGGACAAUGAGGAGCCCCGGCCACCAGCUCCCUGGGCUUGGGCUCAGCUACUGAACUAUCUCUGAGACCUUUGCAAAGACUUCCCUCUGUGUAUUCUUGACAUUGAAUCACCACAGAUGCUAGAGUGGCCUAGGAUGUUGGGAGGAGAACCACACCUACCAUGCCUAUUAGAAGAAGCCACAGAUGGAAGGCAUAGCAGCUCCCCAGCUCCUGUUGUGGUUCUCUAGUUGCAAGUUGCUUGGCCACAGUCUAAGAAUUCAAAAUGGUGUAGAACCAGAUUUUGAGGGAAGGUGGGAGAAAGUGCUAGAGUGCCAUGGCCCAUGUGGGGGGCCCAUUUCAUUCCAUGUCAACUUUUGGUGUUGUUCCUGUCCAAGUGUGUUUGCAGACUUGUUUCGUGAUCAUGUUCUGUAAUGCUUGGGGAACUUGGGUGGAGAGGGAAUGUUGCUUAGCUUGUUUUUAUAAAGAGCACAGGGCCUGGGGGACCUGGGGGUCCGUGUUUGGAGAGAUCCUCUAGAUGACUGGAGAAGGACUUAGUUGCAUGGUUUAGAGAUGAGCCCUGUGUCCUUGGCCAGUGAAGCACUGUAGACCCCUGGGUCUUUGGCAAACCUAGAAUCUGCCCCCCAUUGGGCCUCUACUGCUCAGACUAUGGACACAGAGCUCCCUGUUCGGGGUCUCAGUUGUUCCAUAUGUGAGAUGCAGUGGCUUCGAAAGCUUCUCCAAGCUCUGCACUUCAGCAAUUGUUGCUUUCAAAGCUAAGCAGAUAAAAGGGCAUGCAUCAUUGUUAAUAUGUAUCAUCUAAGGCUUUGAAGUGUAUGUGUUCAUGUAUAUGUGGUGGGAGGGGAGAACGCCAUUUAUUUUCCCUUUCUUAGAAAGGAAACAUCUGUCUCUUCCAGUGGGACACCAUAGUGGAAGUUGGUGGGCUGGAGGGAGGGAUCAUGCCAGGGACAGUUGGACAGGGGCCUCGGCAUGAUGUGUAGAUCCAGCCAUGUCCCUAGCCUGGUCAGGGUGCCAAGGCUGCUUGGACAGUGGCUACCUCCAGGUCCUAGAAGGAUCUGGAGGUAGCCACUGAGU